AUGACGUACCAAGCCAAACUCUCCAGCGAAGGCCAUGUCUAUAACAAAAAAGACGGCUUGUCGGGCGGGCUACAUACUAUCAGCGUCAUUGAGCCCGAGAGCAAGAUCCAUCAACCGGAGCUAGGAUAUGUCUGGGAUGCCAUUGUCGUCGGUGCUGGUUACGCCGGCUUGAUCGCUGCCCGCGACCUGGUCAAGGCCGGGAAAAGAACACUGCUUCUUGAAGCCCGCGACCGCGUCGGCGGUCGAACUUGGAGUGCCGAAGUUGACGGCACUACAUACGACAUGGGCGGCACCUGGGUGUCGCAUGUCCACGGCCGCCUGUUCGCGGAAAUGCAGCGAUACGGCCUCAAGGACGAAGUGACCACGACUCGGACGGAAAAUGGAGGUUGCUCCUACUUCACCCUCGACACCGGGUCCGGGUCGCGCAAGUUCUCCCUCGAAGAGGCAGCUGCAAUGAGUGCCCGCGCCUGGACAGUCUUCAUCAACAUCGACGGCAACAAUGGCCGCGACAUAUGUCCCCUUCCCUACUCUUCUCUGGGCAACUCCCGUGUCUCGUUUGAGCAAGUGAAAGCCGUCGAUCAACUAACAUGUCGCGACCGCAUUGAGCAGGUCAGGCAUCUCUUGACGGCCGAUGAGCUAGCUCUCAUCGAGUCCCUGGUCCCACACUGCGGUGGAGGGUCUGCCGAGGACAUGGGAUUCUUGGAGAUGGUCCGCGCUCAAGCUCUCCAGGGAUAUAACCCCGAAACCUUUGAGGAAAUCUGGACUCAAUACAAGAUUCGAGGAGGGCAGUCCGCGCUUGCGCGUCGCAUCUUCGACGAUGCAGUGCGUCUUGGCUUGCAAUACUCGUUCAAGACUCCCAUCAAGUCUAUCUCGGAUAGAGGGGGUAUUGUACUUCUAACUCCCGUGACGAGCAGCAACCGCAACAGAGUCUAUCGCACCAGACGCGUCAUAAGCACCAUCCCCGUGGCCGUGCUCCCCACCAUCGAGUUCGAUCCUCCCCUAUCCCCCCUACGCCAAGAGGCUCUCCGCAUCAACCAGUUGGACUACCUUACCAAAAUCCACGCCGAAGUCGAGGGUGAUCUCCGCGGUCUGAGAGGUUGUACUUGGCCCGGAGACUUCCUGUACGUCUACGGUGACGGUUUCUGUGCCGGGGGCAAGUCAACCCGCAUUACCUCAUUUGCCGGCGACAAUAGAGGCAUCCUCGACCCACUAAAGGAGCCCGAAAGACUCGAAGCCGCCCUCAAGCGCUUCCACCCCAUGGAUAUCAAGAAAGUUGUGUUCCAUGACUGGGUUUCCGAUCCCUACGCCAGGGCAGGCGCUGCUUGGUAUCCGGCCAACUUCCUCACCAAGUAUCUUACCGAGCUUCAAUCUCGUCAUGGAAAUGUCUUGAUGGCGAGCGCUGACUGGGCUUCGGGCUGGAGGAGUUUCAUCGAGGGUGCUAUGGAGCAAGGCGCUUUGGCGGCGGAUACUGUUUUGAGUGAGAUUGGUGCGCUUGGAGCAAACCCUGGUCUCCGGUCUGCCCCUAGAAUUUAG